AUGCUGGGGGAUUUCAUCACUCGAUGUCUUAUAUUGCUUCUGGGGUAUGCGUAUCCUGGAUUUGAAUGCUACAAAACUGUGGAGAACAGCAGGGCUGGUAAUGAUGAACUUCGAUUCUGGUGUCAAUACUGGAUCAUUGUAGCACUUUUCACAGUACUGGAGAAUUUUGCAGAUGUAGUUAUUGGAUGGGUUCCCAUGUAUGGAGAAUUGAAGCUUGCACUCUUUAUCUACUUGUGGUAUCCCAAAACUAAGGGGACGGGAUAUGUUUAUAAUGCAAUAUUGCGGCCUUAUGUGUCAAGCCAUGAAAAUGACAUUGAGAAAAAGUUUCGCGAGUGGCGAGCUAGGGCAUGGGAUUUGGCCAUUUUUUACUGGCAGAACUGCACAGAGUUGGGGCAAGCUACAACCUUCCAGAUUCUCGACUUCUUGGCUGCACAAUCUAAAAAAUUUUCCAGCAAAUCCUUCGCUAAGAAAAAUGACAAGAUGGGUUCAACUCCAAGUGCCCCACCACUGUCUUCAAUUCGAGACUCUCUCUUUGAAAACAACCAUAACAAUUUCCCAGGCCGCAAGAACAAGAAAGGGAACUAA